AACCUGGUUCAAAAUUACACAAUCAUGUACUAUUCUUUAAGGUUCACAGAUGUCGUGUCAAGAUGGCCUGGUGCGACACAUGAUGCUGCGGUGUUUGAUAGCAGUGGCGUAAAGGAAUAUCUGAGCACCAAUGAUGUGGGUCAUCUGCUAGGGGAUAGCGGAUAUCCACUAAGGACCUAUCUCAUGACCCCUGUACCUCAUCCCUCCAAUGAUGGUGAGCAAGCCUACAACGACCAUUUAUGUAGAGGACGGAUAGUCGUAGAACGAGCAUUUGGUGUUUUGAAAUCACGAUUUAGAUGUCUGCAUCGCACUGGUGGAUGCUUGCCUUUCCAGCCUAAUAAGUGCUGUGAAAUUGCAACAGUUUGCAUGCGCCUGCACAACCUGUGCUUGGAAUUAAACGUCCCACUGAUAGACGAAGACGUUGGGGACGAGAUUGAUCAGGAAGUUCCAAACAAUGCACCAGUGCAGGGAGCAGCAGUCAACAAGAGGCAGCAGCUGAUUGAACUGUUUCGUUAAAUGUUAGUUCUUUUAUGCCACCCCCCCCCCCUUCGAAGAAGAAGGGAUAUAUCUUGACGCGCUCUGAGACAUAGACAAAACAAGUCUUACAAAUGUGUGUUAAUAUAACAUCUGAUAAAGACAAAACAAGUCUUAAAAAUGUGUGUUAAUAACAUCUGAUAAAGACAAAACAAGUCUUAAAAAUGUGUGUUCAUUUACAUCUGAUAAAGACAAAACAAGUCUUAAAAAUGUGUGUUCAUUUACAGCUGAUAAAGACAAAACAAGUCUAUAAAAUGUUUGCUGAAUGAUUUCUCUGAGAAAAAGGGUUAAAUGCAUAUGCGUCAAGUGUCGUUAAAGAUUUCAAAUGGGCGCAAUAGGGGGCAAUGUGUUUCUGACAAACACAUCUCUUGUUAUACUUAUAAAAUUGUAAAUUUGUUUAAGUUUUGUGUUUAGGUUCUUUUUAUUCCUAAAGUUUCAAAGCUAUUGCUUUCAUACUUGCAAUACUUACUAUCAUAAGGGGACUGUGCAGGCAGUUAUGUAACUCUGACUAGCAUUUUGACAGAAUUAUGGCCCAUUAUAUACUUAGAAUAGAUAAUUUAACUUUUUUCAGUUGAUAAUUACCGUAAGUUUAUCCUAAAUCGUUGUGUUGCUUUAUAAAUGAUUUAUGUUUAACUCAUUAAAAUCUUUGUUGA